AUGAACGGGCCACUAUCGCAAAGACGCUCACUCAAUCAAAGGUAUGUGUAUUGUGCAUGUACGCAGUCGAUUCCUCAUGGAUACCAAUCGGCAACAGUGCAAGCAGAUGCGAUAAUGGCUAUUCAAGCAGAAUUGCAGGCGAAAGGAGUUGAAGUGUCUCUUAACAGCUUCAUUAUUAAAGCAGCAGCACUCGCUCUAAGGGCAGUACCAGAAGUGAAUGUGCAGUUAUCUUCUGAUUCACGAUUGAUUUUCCAUCCAACGGUUGACAUUUCCGUUGCGUACGGCCUCACCAACCUGAUCGUGAAGUCGGCGGACAUUCUGGGUGUUCAAGAUAUAUCUGUCAGAGUGAAGGAUUUGGCUGAUCGUGCAAGCGAAAACAAACUCAGGCCGGAUGAAUGUCAAGGAGGAUCGUUCACGAUUUCGUAUUUGGGAAUGUUUGACAGCGUUGAGCAGUUCACAGCCAUCAUCAAUCCACCACAGGCAGCAAUCCUUACUUGUCGAUUCAAUUUACCACAAUAUCUUGGAAAUCAGGGAAUGGAACUAUCUGAAAUAGUUUUCAAAGAAAGUUUUCAGCUCAGCAUGAUAACAACGACUUUUACUCGUCUCGUAAAACCAUUGGCACCAUCAGUACUACGUACUGUCGCACGUGAAAAGCAUUUCCUUGCAAACGUUCCACUGAAGAAACGUGGUGUGGACAAGGUGUCUGUCGACGAGCUCAAGGGGAAGGUACUUUUGCUUUACUUCUCUGCUGGAUGGUGUAGAUCUUGUAGAAUGCUCACCCCCAAGCUCAAGAAGUUCUAUGAAGAACUAGGAGAUGCCGACCGACCAAAUUUGGAAGUGGUGUGGGUAUCCCGUGACAAAGAAGCCGCGGAUCAAUUGGAGUAUUACGAGAAAGCAAUGCCGCCAUGGCUGUACAUACCAUUCGGUGAUGAAAACAUCCAAGGCUUUCUGGAGAAGUAUGACGUUAAGGUGAUCCCUGCACUGAAAGUAGUCAACGACAAAGGCGACGUGUUGAGUGAAGCAAGAGCUGACGUAGAAGGUUGUGUAAAAGGUGACGCUACAGUAUGCUACAAGAAAUGGAAAGAUAUGUACUAA